GUCUAGAAACAGUAGAUAGAUAUUCAGUGUUCGUGCCUCAAUAUUUAUGUCUCUGUCUGCCUAUGAACUAGUGACCAUCGAGACGAUGUUCAGUGACUGACUGGUGACGGAAAGAUCAUGGGCGCUCAAUGAUCGAGAUAUUUUGAUGGUGUGCGUGUUGAUCGACUUUUUCAAGUUUGUUGCAAGCCUCUCCCGCAAUACUUGCUACGCUUCAUACAUUCACCUGAGAGUGCUCGCAUCAUGUCUGACAGUCGCUUUGUAACAGAUACCCGCUUCGGGGGUGGGCCGGAGGCAGGACCAUCCCAUUCGCGCGACCCGUCACCUCAUGAGGAUGAGCUGCGUUCUGAGUACUCCGGUUCCGAUGCAGAAGAGGAGACAUACGAUGAACUGCUGGAGGGAAUGGACGAGGAUGGCUUUGCUGGUCCGUCUGCAAAGGUCGUAAAACCUCUCAAUCCAGAAGAUCUUGCGGCAUACAAGGCUGCUCAAGAGAAGACAGGCGUCGUUUACAUCUCACGGAUACCCCCUGGAAUGCGGCCUACCAAGGUUAGACAUCUUAUGAGCGCAUAUGGCGAAAUUGGCAGAGUGUAUCUUCAGCCAGAAGGUUCGUCUGCUAUUUUGUUGUCUCCAAUGCUUCAAUACUCACUGCGCACUACACUAUCAGACCCCAAACGUGCUUUCCUGCGUAAGAAGUACACCUCUACCAAGAAGGUACAUUUCACCGAAGGAUGGGUCGAGUUCAAGAACAAGAAGGUUGCACGCUCGGUUGCCGAAAUGCUCAACGCUCAGUCUAUUGGGGGCAAGAAAGGCACACGAUGGAGAGACGAUGUAUGGACCAUGAAGUAUCUUCCAAAGUUCAAAUGGCACAUGUUGACUGAGCAAAUUGCUCAUGAAGCGGCGAUUCAUGCUGCCCGGCUGCGGGUCGAACUCUCCCAAUCCAGAAAGGAGCAGCAAGAGUAUCUCAAGAACGUGGAGUUGGCUCGCGUCUUGGACAAGCGAGCAGAGCGGAAGAGAAAGGCAGGAGAUGAGGGAGUGCAGCAGGAGCGUCCGCCCAAGCAGCGUAAGAGUGAGUCAGAUGGAACCAGGAAAUCUGAGUGGAAGCAAAAGGAGAGAGAAAAGCCUGAAGGGACAGGAGGUGAUUCUCAGCAACUCAAUAGUGUUCUCAAGAGUAUCUUCUGAAUAUCAUCGAGCAAUUUGGACUGCAAUCAUAAGAUGAGCCAGAGCCGGAAUCGAAUUUGGAACCAAAG